CAAGUUUGUCCUCUGCCGCGCCCCGUACAUAGAUCCUGACAGAAAUUACAGUGGUUAGUGAUUUCUUUUUUUUUUCUUUUUGAUUAAACUCUCGAGGAGAAAUGUCUUGGCUUUUUGUAUUCUUGUGGAUGGCGGUCGGUUUGUGCGGGGCGAACGUUUGUCCGUGUGAGAGGCCGCAGUUGUGUGAACAGAUCCGUGGGCAGAGAGACUUUGAGGUGUUUCUGUUCGAUGUGGGUGGAACGACAUGGAAGUCCUACAACUGGAGCAUGAUUACGACUAUUGCAACAUUCGGAGAGUAUGACGCCGAGCUCAUGUGCUACGCUCACUCGAACGGAGCACGAGUUCUCCUUAAAGGUGACGUUCCCCUCGUUAAUAUUGUGGACAAAGAAAACAGGACUGCCUGGAUAAGAGACAAGGUCGACUUAGCCAAAAGGCAGUUUAUGGAUGGUAUCAACAUCGACAUUGAACAAGCGGUGGACAAGGGCUCUCCUGAGUACCAGGCCCUGACUGACCUGGUCAGGGAAACCACUGAGGCCUUCCACAGGGAGAUUCCAGGAUCACAGGUCUCCUUUGAUGUGGCCUGGUCGCCGAACUGUAUUGACAGGCGCUGCUACGAUUACGUAAGCAUUGCGGAAUCCUGCGACCUGCUGUUUGUCAUGUCCUACGAUGAGCAGAGUCAGAUCAUGGGGGACUGCAUUGCGAUGGCAAAUGCUCCGGUCAACCAAACACUGAAUGCUUAUGACCAAUACUUGGGUAUGAAGAUAGAUCCAAAGAAGCUGCUGAUGGGUGUUCCAUGGUACGGCUACGACUACUCAUGUCUUAGUCUUUCUGAGGAGGGAAAAUGCUCGAUCGCCAAAGUUCCUUUCCGUGGAGCACCCUGCAGUGAUGCAGCGGGACGACAGAAGACAUACAAGUGGAUCAUGAAACAGGUCGACAGCUCAAUGACGGGCAGGAUGUGGGACAGCCAGCAGAUGGCACCAUACUUCAAUUACAAGAACGAGGAGGGACAGAUACAUCAGGUUUGGUAUGACGACCCGCAGAGCAUUUGUCUUAAGACAGACUAUGUGAAAACUAAAGGUUUAAGGGGCGUCGGCAUGUGGAACGCCAACAUCCUGGACUACAGUGGUGAGACGGUUGCCCAGCAGCAGACUCAGAAGAUGUGGAAUGCCCUGCUAGGAUGCUAGCUGGGAGACGCUCAGGGCUUCUUCAGAAAUGUACUCCGCCCUGAGGCCACUCCUGUUUGUAGCUAAGUCAACAUGUGCCUUUGUUGCAGUAACGGGAUGUGACUUUGGGGAUGCAUACCUGCACUUCAGAGUUUAUUGUGGCUUUUACUGCUGUUGUCACUGAAUGUAGUAACGGCUCAGGCCUUCGUCUGUGCUAAAUGAAACAACUGUGACCCUGUGGAAAAGCACAAAGACAUCGUCUGUUUCUGAUCUGCCAGUGUUGAGCUUUUUUUAUACAAUCGAUGCACUUUGCUAUUUGUUUUUAAAUAAAACAUUUUCAGAUUAA